CUCCGAACACUCCAAACACAAACAUCGACCUGCCCGCGCAUCUACGGACAGCCAAAGGCACACAAGCCGAAUUUGCCGCUACGCCCGGUCGUUCCCAACAUUACCGCCCCCACAUACCAACUAUCGAAGUACAUAGCAACCAUCCUCCAAACAACGUUCACUAGCCGAUACAACAUCAGAGAUAGUUUCAGUUUUGUGGAGUUCAUCAGCACUGCCACGGUACCCCCAGACCACGUCCUUGUAUCUUUUGACGUGGUAUCACUAUUCACCAACAUCCCCCUAGAACUAGUGAUACGCAGCAUAAUAUUUAGGUGGCCGGAUAUCAGCAAAGGGACCAGAAUCAACCUAGAUCUGUUUAUUGAAAUGGUAGAACUGUGCAUCAACAGCAGUUACUUCCGUUUUAGAGACAAGAUUUACCAGCAGACGUUUGGGACGGCUAUGGGCAGCCCCCUAUCACCCAUACUGGCAGAUUACGUCAUGGAAGAUCUGCUCGAAUCAGUCACCAGAAAGCUGCAAUUCACGAUACUGGUCCUGAAGAAAUAUGUGGACGAUCUUUUCCUGGUUCUACCACGAUCAGAGGUUCAAAGAACACUGGACACAUUCAAUGCAUACAACCCACACAUCCAAUUCACUAUCGAGAUGGAAAAGGAUGGCAAACUGCCGUUUCUCGAUACACUAGCAAACCGCUCCGAUCAUCAGCCCAUCAAGACUCAAUGGUAUUCAAAACCCAUUUCAUCUGGCAGACUCCUGAAUUACCACUCGUUCCACCCGAUGUCAAUGAAGUUGAAUGUGGCAGCCAAUUUCAUCGAACGAGUGAUGCGACUCACCACCGACGAUUCCACCGAGCAACAAAAACAAAAAAUCUUCCAGAUCCUGAGGCUGAACAACUACCCGUCGUCCCUCAUAAACCGAUUAAUCAACCGCAUCCACAACAACACCGCUCAUUCAGCCAACACCGUCCCAUCUAGCGUCAAUGACGAAACGAUUUCCGAUCUUGCGCCACCGCGCACUCAACACCGAACGUCAAACCUACCACCCACAUCUGUAAAACCGAAUUCGCCACCACCUCGCCAUAACAGCGCUGCUGCCCCACCAACACCACUUCCACCAUGGCCGCCAACGUCAACAACAGCCCCAAACAUCCUGAUAAACGAUAUUCCAGCACAUCAUCAAACAACCAUCACCUCCGAAGAAGACGAUCAUCAUCAAACCAAUCUAGUCACAUACAGAUCGAUGCCGCACAUCCCCAUGCUCACUAGGACCAUCUCGAACAUCCUGAAAAAAGAGUACAAAAACAUAAGAAUAGCCACACGGAACAUAAAAACAACUAAAUCGCUGCUCAAACCCGUUAAGGACCCAAUACCCCCACACGAUCAAAAUAAUGUAAUUUAUAGCAUUCCAUGCAACGAUUGCAACAAUGUUUACAUCGGAAUGACUACGAAUCAUCUGAAAAAACGAAUAAGUGGUCACAGAUCCGAUAUAAACAGACUUGCCAAUCAACCCUCAGACACCACAGAAGCAAAGACAGCCCUAACCCAACACAUAACCACAGAAAAACACACAUUCAAUCUAGAUGGAACUAAAAUCAUAGAUCGCACUUUACGAUCAACUGCCCUUCCCAUGUUAGAGAUGUGUCACAUCCAAAACACUCCUAACACAGUCAACUACCGAACAGACGUAGAUGGGCUCAACACAACCUAUGCCGGUAUACUCCAUACUAUCAAAACAAACGAUUCCCGUAGGAAGCAAAGAAACGAUAAUGACAACACUACCACAUACAGUUUAGGAUUAGACCAAAUCGACCAGUCGACAUUGUCGUAAAGCUUUUAGCUAUCCAUCCCGCCAUCUUCAAAUUCACCGUUGACCAUUGCUCAGUCUAUCGUCUAGUGUAGUGCAUGUCGUUGAUAAUUACCGUAGUAUCCCAGUGUCCCAAAAUUGUAGAACUAAUGUACAAAAUUGUAAGUCCAAUUCCAUAAGAGCUAUUUCUAUAUGUUAAAAUGAAUGUAAUUGAUAGGUAUACGAGAAGCUCCCUCCUAAAAAUCCGGCAACACUUUAUGUAACGAGGAACGGUUGACAGUGUAGGAAAAUUAUUUGUUAUAUGUAGUGUGAUUAGUCUUUUCUAAAUGUGUCCUAUCCUUGUAGUUACCCCUUGAAAAAGGCUUAAUAAAAAGCCGAAACGUCGGGAAAAGCAAAACUUGCCGUUUUGAUUUACCCAAGACUGAAAAAGCCAGCAUUC